GCUACUGCUUAUUCCAGCUAAAGUUGCAGAGAAAGGAGGGCAUCAGGCUCAGGGGGACCGUCCCAGCCUUCCUACUACCCCCUGACAACUAAUCAAGCUCCCUCUAAAGCGGCUCCUAUGGAAAAUUCUGUAGACAGGUAGACACCACCUCACCUCUUGCUCAGGUGAGAACUGGUAGCUCCUCCCUGUCAAAUGUGCACCUCAAUGCCUUUUCUCCAAGUGAGUUUUGCAAUCCAAGAGCUGUCACCGUGAGCAGGUGGGACAGGAGUGAAAGAGCUCCUUCCGUUGGUCCUGCUGCUGCUGCUGGCUCAGAGACAGGAGACAAGACAGGUGAGACCUACCUGCUCUUCCCUCUAUCAGGAAAGAUACUAAACUAAGGUAGCUGACAAGAUUUACCUGCAAGGACCAGAAACAUGCACUGUGCCAUCCAGAAUGCAGAAGUGCUGGAUGGGGCUCAUCUGAUGCAGAUCCUCUGGCAGGACGAUGCACAGUCAUUCUACCCUGCCGUGUGGCUGAGGGACAACUGCCAGUGCCCCGACUGCUACAUGCAUUCUGCAAAAGCGCGGAAACUUCUCGUGGAAGCUCUGGAUGUGAACAUUAGUAUUAAAGGCUUGACGUUUGACAGAAAAAGGGUUCAUAUCACGUGGCCAAAUGAGCACUGCAGUGAUUUUGAAGCUGACUGGCUGAAGAAAAGAUGCUUUUCACAGCAGGCCAGAGAAAAACUCCAAAGAGAAUUGUUUUUGCCAGAAUGUCAGUACUGGGGCUCAGAGCUCCAGCUACCUACUCUGGACUUUGAAGAUGUGUUAAGAAGUGAUAAACAUGCAUACAUGUGGCUCUCCAGCCUCAAGAAAGUAGGCAUAGUGCGCCUCACAGGAGCAUCUGACAAACGAGGAGAAGUUUUAAAACUUGGAAAAAGAAUUGGUUUCCUUUAUCUCACGUUUUAUGGACAUACUUGGCAAGUGCAAGACAAAAUCGAUGCAAACAAUGUGGCUUACACCACUGGGAAGCUAAGCUUUCAUACUGAUUAUCCGGCCCUCCAUCAUCCACCUGGGGUUCAGCUUCUGCACUGCAUAAAACAAACAGUCACUGGGGGUGAUUCAGAAGUUGUGGAUGGGUUUAAUGUAUGCCGAAAGCUUGAGGAAAACAAUCCUCGGGCAUUCCAGAUGUUGUCCUCCACCUUUGUGGACUUCACAGACAUUGGAGUGGAUUACUGUGAUUUCUCUGUGCAAUCCAAACACAAAAUCAUAGAAUUAGAUGAUAAAGGCCAAGUGGUUCGCAUCAACUUCAAUAAUGCAACUAGAGACACAAUAUUUGAUGUACCUGUUGAAAAAGUUCAGCCGUUUUAUGCUGCUCUGAAGGAGUUUGUUGACCUCAUGAACUGUAAAGAAUCCAAGUUUACUUUCAAGAUGAAUCCAGGUGAUGUGAUUACUUUUGAUAACUGGCGUUUACUUCACGGCCGACGAAGCUAUGAAGCGGGAACUGAGAUCUCCCGCCAUCUAGAAGGAGCUUACGCUGACUGGGAUGUGGUGAUGUCCAGGCUUCGCAUCCUGAGGCAGAGUGUUCAGAAUAGCGCCUGAAUCUCCCAUCUAUAAUUUCAACACGAUUCCGGGGAGGGUGUUUCAUAAGAUAUGGCAAGGUUAUUUGUCUUCACAGACUGUGAUCCGUGUCAUGUAUGUAUUAAUUUCUUUAACGUUGAAGACGUCACCUUUCUCACCAGAGUUUUCUUUUCUUUGUAAUCACUUGCAGUGCCAGCUCUUUGAAUGUUGUAUCAGUGUUCUCUGUUUUUUCCAAACAAAGCAUCCCUUCUGUUCUAUUGCAUGUAGGAUCUAAUUUCCUUUGCCUGUAUGUGAGAAUCUCCAGAAUGCCCACAAAUAGUUUUGCAUCAAAUAAAACCUUUCUUCAAAUAGCGCUUUUUAAAGAAAGCUUUUGUUUCAAAUAAAGCCUUUGUUUCAAAUAAAACUUGUCUCAUGGAAAACA